CGGCCAGAUACCCCGCUCAUUUCCCGUCGUCGUCGGUGACAGCGACGCAGGUCUGCGACUACCAGCGUUGCACGCCCCGCCCAUAGGCCCAGCGGCAUUCCCCUUCUGACGGCCCCUCCCGCUCUUUCUCCGCCACGUUCACUGCUGUUUUCCCAUAUUCAAUAUGUCCACACGAGUUCAGGCCGAAGAACGUUCCCUCGCAAACGGCGGCGGCUCGUGGAAGUCACCAAAGAAACCCUCGUUCCUUUCGUUGCGGCGCGAACAUCGCUCUCCUGAACAUGAGCAGUCUUCCCCUUCGGCCGGAGGCACUCGAUCUCACGCUGAGAAGCCCACGUCCCCCUCCUCGUUCCAUGCCUUUCAAGACGUGUCAAGACCGGUGAUAUCCCGCCCUCAAGACCUCGGGGGACGUCAUCACAACCGGCGACCUUCUAAGCAACCCAGCCUGAGGCACGAACAGAGCUUCCCGAAGAGCAGCCGACCGAGGGAGUGGGAGGAGUGUGACAGGGAGGACGACACGCAAGGGAAUUUCUUCGACUUUCCAAGCGUUGACGAGAGGCCAACGCCCUCGAAGGGUUACGAGAGUACCAACGCGCGCUCGCGGACGCGGUCGGGUCCUACCAAGCGGAGUGCGUACAGUCGUGAUAGCGGUGGGCCAUACCCAUACCCCUUGCGCGACUCGAACUCCUCGACACUCAGCCAUCUCGAGGACGCGCCCCAAACGCCGAUUGACGACCCUUUCCUACGUGACCCCAUCUUCGGCAUCGCUUCCGUCGUAGUCGCUGCACCGAUUGCGGGUGUUGAGACUAUGGACGCUUUGGUGGAUGGGAUGAAUGAGUUUGGGAACGAUGACCAUUUCAUGGGAUUGAGAGGCAUGUCGGGGCGUUCCUCGAAGUUCACCAAAACCGGCUUCCAUCCGCUCUACCAUCCCCCGCUCCCCACGCCUCCUCCUGGAGUAAUUCUCGGCGGUGCUCGGCCGCGCAAGCAUUCCAGUCGAUCUCGCGACUCUGAUGCCGACGAGGACGAAGAGGAGCCGGCACGCACUCGUUCGCCUCCUCCUCGACCCCGGAAGUCGCCCCACCGUACCCCGGUACGCACCGCUUCUUCUACCACGGUGACAAGCAACACCUCCCCCCGUCCUUCGACCAGUCCAUCCGUCACGGAUUUGUCCAAGCAAUUCCCUUCCCCUCACCGGACGGUAGCGCCGUCUAUUUCGGACAUCAUCCGUGCCCAUGCUCCUCUAGAGCAUUCCUCACGCUCCCGCAAAUCGUCUUAUGCGACUAGCCAUGGCCACGAUAGUAUCGCUCCUACGGUUAGCUCCCUCGGAAAGCAUCGUGAGGUCUCGCAAGAACCAGCUGCUCCGCCCGUAGACGAGGAAGGUGACCUUGUCUCGCGCUCGUCAGUAGACACGCUCGCGGAGGAAAUCCAGCGUACCAUACAAGCGGAAAAGCGCUCUUCGGUUGUCCCUCGCACCGUUCACAAAGCACGCUCAUUCCAGCAGCACCAGCAACACACGGCCCCGGAGAUGACACGCACUAUUUCCUCCCCCCGUUCGGACAGUCGCCGAGAGUCCUCUAUCUACUCUUACAACACCACGAUCUCCGACCAGCCGCCCCUCCCUCCUCUCGAUCUGAUGGGGCUCACGAAGGUGCCAGUCAACUCACCUUCGCAGACCAUCGCCCAGUACCUGCGUUCUACUCGCUUAACUACUCUCCUUCGCCUUACUCGGUCCCCGCACGCCUCGCGCGGCAACCCGCUCACUGUGAGUUUGUCCGAUUUGGGGAGUCCCACGGGUUUUCCCGUCAUUGUAUUCUUGGGUUUGGGGUGUGUCCGACAUAUAAUGGGUUUGUACGAUGAGAUGGCGGAGUGUAUGGGAAUCAGGCUCAUCACCAUCGAUCGUUGGGGCCUUGGUCGGACAGAGGUACCGAAAUCGAAGUCAGCGAGAGGCAUCCCGGAAUGGUCCUCUGUCGUGGAGGAGGUGCUAGACCAAUUGGAUAUCGGUCAGUGCAGCGUGAUGGCGCAUUCCGCAGGCGCGCCGUACGCGAUGGCCUUCGCCAAUCGAUAUCCUGAACGGAUUCGGGGUGACGUUUGUCUCCUCGCUCCUUGGGUGGCUGGUGGAGAGGGCGGAGGAUACAAGUGGCUGAAGUACGUCCCGAAUGGCCUACUGAAGACCGCUCAAGCCGCCGAGUGGAAGGUCCAAGCUUGGAUGCUGGGGAAGCCGCCUACCAUUGCGUUCGAAGGCAUUGGCUUCAAUGCGAAGUCGCCCAUUUCCUCGCCUCCAAACUCUGCCUCUUCAUCUACGUCAGCCCUCAAUUCGCCCCCAACAACAGCGUCCACUGUUACGCGAGGCAAGAUGGCGGCAGGUCAACAGGAAGCGGAACCGCGACCCAGUAUCUCGUCUGCAGCAUUUUCCGAAUACGAUGACCUGCGUGACUUCGAAGGGCGCUUCGACAGUCGUAGCACCUUAGGACGUAACAGCUCCAGCUCAUAUCGCAACCGGACCAUUAGCGAUAGCAGGUGUGGCAAUCCGUCGACCGCAACUCGCAAGCCGUCAAAAGGCUUUCUCGGGCGUUUCAAGUCUGGCAACCAAGAAGCGCAGAGCCCCUCCAACGCCAAGUCGAGCAAUGGUCCGGCCAAGAAGCUCAAGGCUCUUCGUUCUAUGGGCUCGCUCAAAGGUCGGUCAAGAGGGAACACACCAAAGAUGUCGGAUCCUCCGGUGCCUACGUCACCGUGGAUCCCUACUCCGACUUUGAGCGACAACGCCGAGAUUGGUCUCGGUCUGGACCAGUUUGACUGGACGGACCCUGCGAUGCUCGAGACGGGCCCCCCUUCUCCAGCGUCGAUGAAGAAACCCCGAGAUCUCCCACGCUUGGACCUCUCCAAGGAUGGCUCAAUGGCGUCUAUAUCGUCUCCUCGCGCAGGUGGCCGUCGCUCCGUCUCUUUCGGCGCGGCUAGCCCCACAUCCCCUUCUCUCUCCUUCCUCCAGUCACCGCAAACGGCCACGAUCAAGACUACACCCACAUCAACCCCUACAUCUACUCAAGGCUUCCAGGCUGCUCUCGGCAAUGCACUCAUUGCUGCAUCCCAUUCAGAGUCGUCAAAAGGUACCCACAGCGACCUACUACAGAUCCUCAACCACGAUCGGUUGCCUAUGGGCUUCUCGUAUCAUGCGUACCCUCACAGCGUCCGAGUGUGGUACGGUGACCGGGACGAGAAGAUUGCCGAACACGCUGUCCGCUGGAUGGAAAACGCUAUGGGGCCCGACAAAUGCCAAGUCAAGGUCGUCAAGGGUGCAGAGCACGCGCUCAUGUACAAGAGUAGCGUUGUCAUUGAAGUUCUAGAACACUUCACUCAGUACUGGCGUGAUUGGGAAUGAGCAUGGAACUUAUCUUAUUUUGUCCCCUUGCACGCGUUUUAUCAGUCUGCUGUCUUUCGAUUCUUCUGUUGUUGGAUUACAUAAAGAUUUCUUCACCUGCAGAUACCUCUUGUCGUUCGCUGUCUCAUCGUUCUCCAACUUCACUGUAUCCUAUAUCAUUGCAUACCCGCUCUUUUGCACGUAGUUAUACGUUACGCGCUACCCCUGACCUAGGACUAAUAGCCAACAUACACACCUUUCACCAUCGCUUCGACCCGUUGGAAUCCCGAGGAUAGGUGGAAUAGUUAUAAUAAACUCAAAGUUUUGGUGUACAACUUCUCUCGUAGUCUCAUCCAGGUCAUCACUACUAGCACUUGCUACUAGCCACUCGCAUCAGUACAGUAAACCUCCAGAAUGUGAAUGUUGACGCCAUCCGUCACCAUUAUCAGACCGCUACUGUUCGCUCGGCCAAUGCCCGAAAUGAACGUAGUGUCAGAAAUACCAGAAAAGCUCAAUACAAAUGCAGAGGGUCCGUGAGUAAUAACGUCCAAGGGUAUCAUUCAUCUGAAGUUGGCGAUGGCGUUCGCGGCGUGCGCGUCAGCCAAGCAGGGCGCGUGGGGCUGCUGGAGUAUGUUGCCCUGAGCGGGCUUCGAGGCGGUAUUGGGGGCAGUCCUAUUCGCGGUGGCGAUUCUGAUGCAGGGUCCCCGAAUGGUCCCUCGUCGAGAGGCAUGUUCGAAGGCACCGUGUCCACGAAGGGAUUCACCGGCCGCAUCGGUGCGAGACCGACUGGGCCAGAGACAAUGGAAACCGGAGCAGCUUCGCGCAUUAACCCGGCGCUGCCUUCUGGGUCCGUCGAAGGUGGCGGUUGGUGAUUGCGGACGAGCAGCCAGGUGAUAGCAGCAAGCAAAGCCAACACAAAGAGCGAAGCGAUGACUGCAACAACGAUGAUCACCGUCUUCGACACGCCAGGAUUCGUCGAGGAACUGUUGUUCGACGACCCGUUCCCUGGCGCACCUGAAGAUGUGCUCGUCGCGCGCCCGGACGAUCCGGUACCAGAUGCUCCAGUACCAGAUGAGCCAGUAUCAGGGCCAGCCGUAGGCUGCGGGCUCUCGGAUCCCGUAGGGCUACCACUGGUGCCAGUGCCAGUCUGCGACCCGGUCCCGGUCGGAGAAGUGCCGCUGGCGCCUGUUGAGGUUGGGUUUUGGGUUUGAGUUUGAAUUCCGCUAGGGCUGUUGCUAUCGGACGUCGAGCUUCCUUGCGAUCCGUCUGAUCUGGUCGUCGUGACGCCGCUAGGUGAGCUCGUGGGCUGCGUCCCUUGACCAGAGCUGGUGGCUCCGGUGCUCGUAGUGGGUGCGCCACCUCCAUUAGAGCCAUCUGUGGUCGUUGUCGCAGCCUGAGAGCCACUCGACGUACCAGUCGAACUUGUGUCUGUGGUGCCGGUAGAAGUUGGUGCAGCAACGGUGCUAUGUGGGCCAUGUGCAGUGACUGUGAUGGUCGGAAUACUGCCUCCAGUAACAGAGGUGCUAGACGUGGUAGUGGUGCUAGGGGACUGACCUCCGUCGACUCCGUCAAUAGUGAGGAUCAACGCGUCGAAGGUGAUCUGACUGGUAUUGUUAAACCGCGCGUCCUCGAGAUUGACCACGGUGAGGACGUGCAGCUGUGUCGGAUCCACAUUCGUGAAGGAGAACAGUAUUUCCGGAGGCUGUGUCCCAUUCUCCGUAUCGUCAUGCGCAUCCACCUCAAGCACAUUUCCACCAGCGUCCUGGCUGGGGUCGCAGUCUAGGCAAGCAAACCACAGAGCCCCGCCGUUGCUCUUGAAUCCCUGAUAGAACACCGCCGAGACGUUUCGAGGCAACUGGACCACCAACUGCUCUCCAUCCUUGUUCGCAAACGCGAACUGGUCCUCCGUCCCCGCCCCCUCGAACUCCGCCAAACUCCAUCCGGCCGAAAACGAUAUCAGUGGGCUGUCGAAGCGGAUCGUAGCAUUCGCUGGCGCGCCGCUGGCGGCAUCCGUGAAUGAAAGCAAGAAGAGGAAAGCAAGAACGAGUUGGACUAGAAAGACAUCAUACACAACGAAGAGGCGAAACAUGGAUAGAAAAAUCGGCGGGAAUGCCCAGCAUCCCGCGCGGGGAGCGAAUUCUCCGCGAAGCUAGAAAGAAAAGAAAAACGGGAGGAGGGGAGAAGGAACAGACG